AUGAAGAAGCAAGUUCCAUCCUCUGAUUCAGAUGAUUUCCAGUCCUACCACAGCCGUAAAAAUCCAAAACACAUGCGGCGGUACCCUAAAUCCAAAAUCCCCAAUUCCACUGAGAAGGGUAAUUCGUCUAACUCCGAUUUUGAAGAUGAAAUUCCGUCGCUAGUGAAGAAUAUUCGAGCGAAGAGGAAUCCCCGUAACGACAACAACAAAGAGAAAUGCACGAUAAGUGACAUCAAGAAAACACUGACGAAGGAGCAAUUGGAAGCUUUUAGAAUGUCAGCUUUUGGGAAGUUCCUUGAUCUGCCACAUUGCAUUGUCCAGAACCAGCUGGUAAACUACAUACUUUUACGCGAGGUUCGUCAAGGUAGGACAGAUGAGAUCUGGUUUGACUUCGGAGGGAAAUUCCUUCGAUUUGGUAUAGAGGAAUUUGCUGUCGUGACUGGUUUAAAGUGCACUGGACUUAGUAAGAAAUUGAACAUUCCAAAGAUUGCCAAUGGUCUGCACGACAAGUAUUUUGCUGGUCUUGAAUUAACUCUGAGCCACAUCAGGUGGCAGUUUAUGAAAAAAUUGUGGGCGAGCGAUGAAGAUGCUGUGAAAUUUGCUAAGUUGCAUUUCUUAGCAAAUUUCCUCAUGGGCUCUCAAGAUGCCCUUCUCAUAGACCGCUGUUUUGUUGACAUGAUUGACAGUCCAGAGUGUGAUGAUUACUCGUGGGGAACCGUUGUCUUUCAAUUUACCCUACAGUACCUGAAGAAAUCAAUUCAAACCAGAGAGCAGAUGCACAUAUCUGAUAACGACGAGGGAAGCAACCUGUAUCGGUUAUAUGAUCUUAUAUUGGCUCUAUAG